AUGUCGUCAAGAACGCUAAUAUCACGGAUGAGCCUCGUACGGCCGAGCGCGGCCUUGUCGCAUGGGCAAUGCUGUCGACGAUGCUUUGCCAGCGUCACGGGAGCCGAGGCAGCUGAGCAAUGGCCUCAGAAAACACCGCUGGGAGCAUACUACGAAAUCAUCUUCAAGAAUCCUACUGCAUAUUCGCCUAUCGCAACACCGAAGAGGGCCCCGUCCCAGGAUCCAACAACUCUGAGUCACAAGCCUCAAAGCGAUGCGCCCAAGACUUUGUCUGGUCAAUCAAGCCCAACAGUCACAUUACCGUCUCACAAAGACCCUCUACCGACAACCGCAGAAGACAGAGCGCGCGUCGUCUUCGGCUCCCGCCUCCUCGGCCCCGCCGAAGAAGCAGGCCGUCUUGCCGCCAAGAAGGCAAAGUCUACAUAUGUCGCCGGCAUCCUGAUACCUCCCCGUCCAGAAGAGCCAGACAACUGCUGCAUGAGCGGGUGCGUCAACUGCGUGUGGGACCGUUAUCGAGAAGAUUUAGAGGAAUGGUCGACGAAAAAGGCAGAAGCAAAGGUGCGAUUAAAAGCCGGAGGCACCACCAUGGAUGCCGACGGCGGCGCAUCCGAAGCGGCCUGGGCGAGCAAGAUUUCCAAGGAUAUGUGGGAUGAAGAGGCCUUUCAGAAUGUCCCGGUUGGCAUUCGCGAAUUCAUGAAGCAAGAGAAGAGGUUAAAGGAGCGGCACCAGCGGGAGGGCACACUAGGGGGCUAG